AUGUCCACUACUGACGCAAACGACUCAAAACUGGAACCAACACAAGUCGAUCAAGUGCGAGUAGUGCAGUCUACCAGCCAUGAUGGUGCAGAUGAAACCCCGAAGAAAGAGUUCAUUCUCAAUGCUUUUGUCAUGAACACUCCAGCUCACCUGUCCCCAGGACUAUGGAGACAUCCUGAUAAUGCAACGGACAAGUACAAAACAUUGAAGUUUUGGACAGAUCUGGCAAAGCUUCUUGACGAUGCCAAUUUCCAUGCCAUGUUCGUGGCAGAUACUCUCGGGGCAUAUGAUGUGUACAAAGGUCCUUCCAACGUGGUACCUGCACUUGCUUCAGGCGCGCAAUUCCCAGUCAACGAUCCUCUCUACUUAGUGCCUGCUCUUGCUGCAGCCACGAGAAAUCUGAUCUUUGGCAUUACUGCAAGUACUACCUACGAUCAGCCUUAUGCGCUUGCUCGGAGAUUUUCCACAGUUGAUCAUCUCAGCAAUGGACGGGUUGCUUGGAAUAUUGUCACUUCAUAUCUUGAGAGUGCUGCCCGGAAUCACGGAUUGGAUCAUCAGGUGCCCCAUGACGAACGAUAUGCCAUUGCCGAGGAGUACAUGGAAGUCGUCUACAAGCUAUGGGAGGGAAGUUGGAGGGAUGGUGCGGUCGUUGCAGACCGUAAGACGGGAGUGUAUGCCCAACCAGACGCGGUUCGGGACAUCGGCCACGAUGGGAAAUAUUUCAAGGUACCAGGACCUCACAUCUCAGAACCUUCCCUACAAAGGACGCCUUUCUUGUUUCAAGCAGGGACCUCGAAAGCCGGUAGUGCGUUUGGUGCAAAACAUGCCGAGGCAAUUUUUGUUGGUGGCCAGUUACCUGAUGGGGUCAAGAAGACGGUGGAUUCGAUUCGUGCUCAAGUCAAGGAAGCUGGUCGUGACCCUGAGGCGGUUAAGAUCCUAGUUGGCAUGACUUUGGUCGUUGCAGAGACUGACGAAGCAGCUGAGGCGAAGAGGAACGAGUACUUGUCCUACACUGAUCGAGAAGGUACCCUAGCGCUGUUUGGCGGGUGGACGGGGAUCGAUUUGUCCAAAUACUCGGACGAAGAGGAUUUUCGAUUCAGCAAAUCACCAGCCGUGGAGUCGAUAGUGAAUCGUUGGGCAAGCACCGUGCCUGGCUCGGAUAAUCUAACCUGGAACAAGAACAGAAUCGCAGAAUACCUUGCCCUCGGUGGGAUGAUGGCCAAGGUAGUGGGCAGUGCCAGUACAGUGGCCGAUGAAUUGGAAAGAUGGGCAGAUUUAUCUGGUGUUGAUGGUUUCAACCUGGCCCAUAUUACAAACCCCGGAUCUUUCAAAGAUAUAAUUCAGUAUCUACUGCCUGAACUUCGACGACGAGGUAGAUUUAGGGGUGAGCCAAGUACCGAGGGAGCCAGCGCGCGAUACGUUUUCCAAGGAUCGGAUCGUCUUCGCCAAGAUCACCCCGGCAGUGCAUAUAAAUGGACAGCACGAUAA